CGCGCGCGACUGAUAGUGGCCAGUGCUGGAGAUGAGUGAGUGACUGCUGUCCUUUAAACCUCCUCGGAAAUCUUUUCAUCCCGCGAUUUCAUUUCAUCGCACUGCUACAAAUUCAUGUCCUAAAGCUCUUCAUGACUACCUGCUAUCCUCAGGUGUACCGCUCCGUGUUCGUGCCGUGCCGUGAGAUGACCGAAGUGAUGAUCAGCAGCACUCCAAUGGAGGAGAUCCGGCUUAGUCCAAGCAAAGACCGCCUCACUUAUCAGAUCUUUCCGGAUCCGUCAGAUUCGGAGCGCUGCUGCAAGCUGAAGGACCGCCUUCCGUCCAUCGUGGUGGAGGCGACCGAGGGCGAGGUGGAGAGCGGAGAACUGCGCUGGCCUCCAGAGGAGUUCCUGAACAGCCAGGGUGAGGGAGAUGAAGAGGAGGAUGAGGACGAGGAGGAGGAGGGGAUGGACAGGAACGUACAACAGGGACAGCAAACGCAAAGAAAGGACUGAUGAAUAAGCGUACAGGCGCACACACACACACACAAACACACGCAUCAUUUUAGCGAGAAGAGGAGGAAAUGCCGAUACUGGUCUCACACCUGGUGCUAAAUUUAAAGCUUUACAGAUACUGUCCCCUGAUUCACUUAUCAAUCCCGUUAUUCACUCUCAUGCUCGCUUCAUAAAAGAAUCUCACAUCAAGUUCCUUUUAAGCCUCAACACAAACCAACAUCGUCACCCUUUAUAACGCAUCGUUCUCGUCUCUCGCUCGUUCUCGCACUCCCUCCUGUUCUCACAAACACUUUCUCUCACGUGAACAUGUUCAUCUGCGACUGAUGGAGAAUUUAGUUCCUUUUUUCCUUUUUUUUCCCCCUCUGACAAGUGCAAGCUCCCUUAUGAAGAAUUUGCAAACUCCUAUAUAAUCACACAGAGCCAGUGUUUAUUUUGUUUAUUAUUUUAUUGAGUUUUUUUUCGGGAUAGUAAUCAUAACCGUACUGAUUUUGGAGCUUAACAAUGUAAGGUGACUGUACAGGGUUAAUAAAGGGCACUGGCGUUCGGACUGUUCGGUUUUCACUGUUUGAUGAAUUCUUGUCAAGCGCUAAUAAUCUCUAAUUCGAGCCACGUGUGGAAAGGGAGCCGCGAGGCUGAUUUGGCACUGAAGUUCUAAACUGUAUAGGAUGUUAUUGCUAAGUCUAGUUUAGCCUAGUCACUGUUUUUUGUUUGUUUUUUUUCUUUUCUCGGAACAAUUUUCCAUUUAAUACUGUAUGUAAAUAAUUUUUGUACGUAGCAGUAGUCAUUUUCACUGUGAAUAUCUGCAUGUAGUUGUCCGUCUUUGUACAUAGAUCAGAUUCUCUUCAGCUAGCUAAUGAUUGGCGCUCAGCGGGAGGGAAGAAAAAUCCAAAUUAAAUACAAUGAUUUCAUGCUAAUCGCAUUCUUUCUCUCUCUUUUUUUUUUCCCUCCUUCUGUUUAGACAUCCUUCAUUAGGUUUCAUAUUCGGAUCCAGAAUGUGAUUGAAAUAAUCCUCUUCCCUCAGUGGAAAGGUUACAAAAGGUCACCUUGGCACUGAGAGCACCUUUGUAUAUUGACACAAUGACUAGCCUUUAUUUUCAUUUUUGAAAAGGUUUGUUUCUUGUCUACUUCCUGGCUAUGUACUGUAUAAAGGCUUUGGUCUCGGAGUGUGUGUGUGUGUGUGUGUGUAUGCAGGUGUUAUGAGGGUCGAGUGUGUCAGUAAGCGUAAGGGUCCUCUGUGUGAACCGCAUGUAGAUUUGCUCUGUAUUUUGUGUACAGCUCAGGGAGAAUAGCUGCCAUUUUGUCUUGGUUUUGAAUUUUUUUCCCUCUUUACCAUUUUUUUUGUUGUUGUUGUAAAUAAACAUUUGGAACAUA